AUGGCAUCUCACCUCAGAUCCUUGAGUGUGCCUUCAAGCCCCUGCUCUGGUGAAACCAAUGCUGAAGGACAGCUGCAGAGCAUAAGUGCCACCAUCUCCUCACCCUCUUCGACCAUCAAGACGAUGCUUGAUGGGUUGAGGAGGCUUGGAGAUAUUUACGACUGCAUCGACGAGCUUAUGUGCUUGCCAAGCAGUCAAGUUCGCCUCUGCAAGCCGCAACUGAGGAUGGUCGUAGAUCAAGAGCUCGAGCGCUCCCUCGUCUUGCUUGACCUCUGCGAGGGGGUGCAAGUCAGCAUCUCUGAGCUCAAGGCGAGUGUCCAGGACAUGCAGUUGGUUAUCAAGAGAGGAGACGGUGUGGCUCUUCAGGCCAAGAUCCAGUCUUGGUUCCGUCUAACCAAGAAGGCACAAAAUAAGUUCAAGAAGAUCAGCAAGAAAUCGUUUUCAGAUGAUCAAGAGAGCUGCAGAGUAGUCAAUCUUUUGGCUGAAGCAAGAGAAGCUGCUGUAACGACGAUUGAAUCCUCAUUGAAACUUUUGUCAAAGCAAAUUGAGAUGCAAAAUUCUAGCAAGUGGUCUCUUGUGUCUAAGGCAUUCCAGAAGAAAAAAGUUACAUGCGAGGAGGAGCAAUUACAGGAGCUGGAGUUGGACAUUGUUGAUCUUGAGAGCAUACUCGAGACUUUGUUCAGGAAAUUGAUCCAGAACAGAGUUUCACUUCUGAAUACUCUCAGCUUGUAG